GAGAGAGAGAGAGAGAGAGAGAGAGAGAGAGAGAGAGAGAGAGAGAGAGAGAGAGAGAGAGUAAAAAGUGGUAAAGACAAAGAGCUGAGGAGCUUCACGGAGCUUGACGUUUUGUGUGUUUGGGGUGUUUUUGUUUUUUAUUUUAACGGCUCUUUAACCGUCCGGCGGCGGCAGUUGACGGUUGGUCGCUGUUUUUACACCAUGUUGUGGUCAGAGGCCCCAGUCAUGGAAAGAACUACACGGCUGUAAGAUCUGGACUGAGGAUGGAUAGACAGAGUCCAAACCAACCCUCUCAAGUUUGAUCCUGUUGUCUAUGGGGCUUAUUGCUUCAUCUUUCAUUUGGGAGCGUUGAAAGUUUACGAACGUGGAAUUUUGGCUGUCAGACCCUCUUCCAUUCCAGCUUUUGCCCUUGUUGACCUUUAGUCCACAUCAGCACCCGCUGAACAGAAAAAAAAACAAAGCACAAGCUCCUCUCUUCCAAGUGGCCGAGAGGUUGCCAUGACAAUGGUUGUCAUGAUGCUGAUGUAGCGGAGGAGCUGGUGGAGGUGAAUGACCAGGGAUGGGAAGUGCUCCGUAUCCGGCCGGUGAGUGGAAGGGGAAGGGGCGAGCCGGCCUGCAGGAGCUGGGCUGCAUGCCCUGGAAGGUCAGCAAGCAGAAAGGUGGCGGAGGAGACGUGGUGGGAGCAGAGGAGAGGAGGUGCAGGGAUCCCAGAGACUCCCACCAGCAGCCGCCGGACCUUUCAUCCUCCUCUUCCUCCCUCACACCUUCAGCGCCUCCUCAGGUCUCUGCGACUCCUUUGACUAUUUAUCACGAGAAGCAGCGAAGGGAGCUGUGCGCCCUGCACGCGCUCAAUAACGUCUUCCAGGACGGGACGGCGUUCAGUCGGGACACGCUGCAGGAGAUUUACCAGAGGCUUUCUCCCAGCACUCUGGUGACGCCUCACAAGAAGAGCAUGCUGGGAAAUGGGAACUAUGAUGUAAAUGUCAUCAUGGCAGCCUUACAGACUCGUGGUUUUGAGGCUGUUUGGUGGGAUAAAAGAAGGGACGUGGGCAGCAUCGAGCUGUCCAACGUGACCGGCUUCAUUCUCAACGUGCCGUCCAACCUGCGCUGGGGGCCUCUGCGGCUGCCGCUCAAACGCCAGCACUGGAUCGGUGUCAGAGAGGUGGGCGGAGUCUACUACAACCUGGACUCCAAGCUGCGCAGCCCUCAGCCCAUCGGCAAUCCAGACGACCUCCGGAAGUUUCUCCGCCAGCAGCUGCGAGGAAAGAACUGUGAGCUCCUGUUGGUCGUCUCGGACGAAGUGGAGGCACGCCAGACGUGGCGCUCAGAUGGCUAACGGUCAAUCAGCCAGUCACACCUCCUACGUAGGCCAGUUGGCCAAUCACACAACGACCAGGAAGCCAAUCGCAUGGAUGCACACUUACAGAUGUAAUUUUGUUUUGUUUUGUUUUUUUGUUUUUUUUUCCUUUUCUUCGUCACCCUCCCUUUUCGGGGGGUUUUGUUUACACGACCGCUGCUGGACUCAAAGCAACGAUGAAAUCAAACACUUUACAGGGAGAAUCCUUCACUCGCAGCCCGGGUUCAGACUUUUGCAGCGAUCUGUUUUAUAUAUAAGGACGAGUUGUUGCUU